AUGGGAUUUUGUUUGUGUUUAUCCUCAGGAGGAUCAACAGAUAGCAAUCAGAUUUACGAGGUCAAUGAUUAUGGACAAGAAAAUGCAGUUCUAUACUCUGAACAACAUGAUGUUCCUCAAGACGUUGGAUCUGUCUCUUCUUUAACUGGAGGCAAGGGCUUCAAUCAAGAUGCUGCCAUUCUUCACCUGGGGUAUGGAACAGAAGACGGAGUCUUAUGUGGAGUAUUUGAUGGGCAUGGUGAUCAGAAAUAUGGUCAACUGGUGAGCAGGAUCGUAAGAAACCAGUUGCCAUCUUUAUUGUUAGGUCAUAUGAAUAAUCAUUCAGUGACUCGAGACUCUAAACUCAUUUGCGAAACUGCGUUUCUGGCGAUGGACAAGAGAAUUCUUAAAUUCAAAAAAACUCUUGAUUGCUCUUCCUCCGGAACUGCUGCUGUUCUCGCCGUUAAACAUGGAAAUCAAAUUAUGGUGGCAAAUCUUGGAGACUCGAGGGCUGUCAUGAUUAGAACUAGUGAGAUGGGAGAAACCGAGGUGGUUCAGUUAACAAAUGACCUAAAGCCAAGUGUCCCAAGCGAAGCAGAGAGGAUAAAGAAACGCAACGGAAGGGUGUUGGCUUUAGAGGCAGAGCCUCACAUUCUAAGAGUAUGGCUUCCAAAUGAAAACGGACCCGGUUUGGCCAUGUCCCGAAGCUUCGGUGAUUUUUCUCUUAAAAGCUACGGUGUCAUUGCAACUCCUCAAGUCUCUAUGCAUCAAAUCACUCCUCGUGACCAAUUUUUGCUCCUUGCUUCAGAUGGGGUAUGGGAUGUACUUAGUAACGAAGAAGUGGCGACGGUGGUGAUGAAGUCGGCGAAUGGGUCAGCAGCGGCCAGUGCGGUGACAGAGGCGGCGGCUAAUGCAUGGAGACAGAAGUAUCCGACGGCCAAGGUUGAUGAUAUAUCUGUCGUGUGCCUCUCUCUCAACAAGAAACGUUAA